GGUCUCUCCAAAACCCUCCCAACUCAUCGAUAACCUUCCAGGUCUCUCUUUUCCAUCCUUCUGCCCCUGAUCACCGCCGCCAUGGCCAUAAUCUCCGAGAUCGAGGAAGAGAUGCAGCAGCAGGAGGCGCCUGCCUCCUCCUCUCCGAUUCCCGCCUCGACGACGGAUGCAGACGAGGAGGUCUUAGCAUCGCUUCUCGCCAAGAAGGGCCCCCUUCCCUUUCUGGAGGCCGCCAUUGACCUUGUUAGGCGUCGAACGGAAUUCUUCAAGGACGAGGCGGCGGUGGGCAAGGUCGUCAAAGUAGUAAACGCCGCCAAGGAGAAAGCCGAUGCCGAGGAGAGUUUUAAAAAAAGGGCUGCUAGCGAGGCAGCGAAGGCCGAGAAGCGGCUCAAGGAAGAGGUCCAAACUGUUCCGGUGAACACGGAGGCCAAGGAUCCGGAGACGACGGAAUCUUCUUCCAAGCCAGAUGAAAAGGAUGGUUUGCGGAAACCAAAUUCUGGUAAUGGAUUGGAUUUAGAUAAAUAUUCAUGGAUACAAUCACUUCAAGAGGUCACUGUUAAUAUACCAGUUCCUCAGGGAACAAAAUCAAGAUUUGUUACUUGCGAGAUCAAGAAAACUCACCUUAAGGUUGGAUUGAAGGGUCAACCUCCAGUUAUUGAUGGGGAGCUUUAUCAACCAGUGAAGGCAGAUGACAGUUUCUGGAGCAUAGAGGAUGGGAAAUCCAUUUCUAUACUACUAACCAAGCAAAACCAGAUGGAAUGGUGGAAAUCUGUGGUGAAGGGUGACCCUGAAAUCGAUACCCAGAAAGUUGAACCUGAGAAUAGCAAGCUAUCUGAUCUAGAUCCUGAAACCCGCCAAACUGUAGAAAAAAUGAUGUUUGAUCAGCGGCAGAAAUCCAUGGGUCUUCCAACAAGUGACGAGAUGCAAAAGCAAGAAAUCCUCAAAAAAUUUAUGGCUCAGCAUCCGGAGAUGGACUUUUCAAGGGCAAAAAUAGCCUAAUAUUAUGGCGUCAGAUCAAGUACGUCCGUGGACAAUGUGGGUUAUGGAAUUAAGAAAAACAUAUCUUCUUGAGUCGAUGCUUUGGUUAUGGCAAUGUUUUGUUAUCUUGUCUCUAGACUCUAGAUAACAUUAUUGAUUUAAGAUGUUUUGUUAUGCUACAUCCAUGGUUUGAUGCUGUGUUUGAACUGACCUGUAUUAUGAUUUUCUUUAAUGAACCGGUUGAGAAUCAAAUAUAACUCUGUUCAUUCCAUUGAUUAA